AUGUCGAGGAAGCUAUACUAUGAGACGGACUCUUGUGGGAAGGGGCAGUUCGUCAAGCUCAAACGAUCCCGCUCUCAUGGACACAAGCACCACCGCCAUCACCACCAUCACGUUGUCCAUGAUGACAUCCCGCAGGAGUACGUCGGCCAUGAGUACUUCAUGAUCAAGCCGGAGGACUGGAGGGUGAUGAAGGAGCGCGACCGGAUCCUGACCGACAACAACGAGUCUCUGACCAAGGAGAACGGGGACCUGCGAACCAGCCUCACGGCUGCCCAGGCUGACGUGCGCCAGCUCAACGACGUGGUCCUCCCGGACCUUCGCUGCCAGAUUAGUGCUCUCCAGGCGGAGAACCAAGCGUUGCGAUGCUCACUCGAGAAUUCCGGGGAGCACCACCACGAAUUGGACCGACUUCGAUGCAGGAUCACAGUCCUGGAGAAGGAGAAUAAAGAAGUUCUCGAGACCAACGCGGACUUGAGAUCCAGGGUGCGGGAGCUGUCACGGCAACUGGACCAGAACUCCAACCGCAGAAUAUCCGAGCUGAACACGGAAGUGGAAUACUGGGGGGAGAGGGCUCGGUAUUGGAGGGGCAAGUUUGAGGAUCUGGACAAGAAGUAUCAUCGGCUCCGGAACAAGGGGACCUCCUGUCGGGUCGAGAAGGUGGACACCUACGAGGAUUUCUGGCGACGUCAUUACUACAUCUGA